AUGACCAUCAAACAACAACCAUCAACAGUUAACCAACAUCCAGUAUUUAUCAACAAUCAACCAUCAACCAGUAACCAUCAACCAACAAACAAUCUUCAUCCAUCAUCACAGAAAUCAAAGGUAAUGUUUGAAUCCCCAAUCCUUGAAAUCUGGACUUGUCCUAGAUUGAAAGCUUCACUUGAAAAAUAUUUAUUCAUGAAACAAGAAAUGAAUAGAUUUUUAUCAUGUCCUGGACUUCCUGGUAAAUGGCACCAGGCUUUUAAAAAUGGAUUCUUCAAGAAAGAUGAUUGUAUUCAAUGUUUUAGCUGUGGACUGGAAAUUGAUAUGACUCUUUUCAAUGAUGAUGUACCAAGUAUUCAUUCAUCUUUCAGUCCAAAUUGUGCAUUUCUUUCUGGAAGAGAUCCAAGUCUGCAGAUGAAAAAAGCUAAUGCUAUUUACACGUAUUCACAAACUCCAGUGAUUGACAUGGCAUCUGGUAUAAAUAUCCCGUUGAAGUUACAAGUUACCCGAAUCGUUAAAGCUGACAACGGUUUGAUUCAAAUUUUCUCUGAUGAUUUUGUUGUUAACCCAGAGAAAGUUUAUCACUUAUUCCGAAUAAGAAUGAACCGUACAUUCUCUUUUGCUUUGUCUCCACCACCAAUCCAUCAUCGUAAUUAUUUUGUGGAAAGUGGAUUCUUUUGGACUGGAUUUGAAAGAGUUGUACAAUGUGCUUUCUGUCGAAUUGCAUUUGAUGGGAAGCUCCCUGGUCAUCCUAUCAUUGCUCAUAAGAAAUUAUCACCAGAUUGUCCUUUCAUUGCUGAGUCAACGUUUGAGACUGAUAGAAAUAAAUGUUGUGUGUGUCUAACAAAGACUCACAGUAUUCUUUAUUUACCAUGUGCUCACUUAGCAGUUUGUACUGACUGUGAUGAAGUAUUAUUGAGAAACAAAAAACCUUGUCCAAUCUGCAGAGCAAUAAUAACAAAACGUAUAAGUGUAAUGAAACCUUGA